CCGUGAAAGUUCGAGUGGAAGAGGAUGAACGCAUGAAAGUCUGCAGUCCGGUUGCAGCUCGGUGCACUCGUGUUUAAAGCGAUCCGAAUGAAAUCUCGACGUCAGCCGAUAAACGGUAACAAGAUCACACCUGUUGGCGCCAUUGUUAGGCAAGAACGAAGCACGAUAACGCCGGUGGCGUCUAUAAAUCAUCGGCUCUCCGCGCCACCGGUGCCUCGUAACGAAAUCCAGUUUUACGGAAUUCCGACAAUAUAUACAUCUCGUGUUGACAAGCGAGGAUUAAUUUCGAUGGAUCGUGUCCUCGCCGAGCGGGGCAGGAACGGAGAACGGAACAGUGGCAAACGGGACCGCCUCCGCAAUGCUCCGGUUGUUCAAUCUCCCGUGAUCGAAAGUGAAAUCUAUUCGUCACUUGGCCGCCGUUCAGUACCGCGAGCCAAGUGUCAGUUACACUGAUCAACGUUCGCCGAUCUACUGAUCCGCCGUCGGGAAAAUAGGAUCAUCGAUAGCCCGCGACCUCGAGGGAGCGAAGCCAACCGGCUGCGACCGAUCCUGUCGAUCUCCGUGAUCUGCCGGGGGCCAAUCGGAGGAAUCAUCAUUUAUACCAGCUGAUAACCGAGGGGAUCCUAGAUUACAAAAGGAUUACGGCUGCACGUGAUUAUCGACUACUUGAGCGACGAGAUGUCGGCGAUCACGCCGGAAUUGACAGUGAGGCGGCCGGUCUACCAGCAGGACGAGCUGAAUCAGUUGUACAAAUAUGCGAAACCCAAGGAAUCGCUAUUACAGAGCGUCGCGUUCAGAUGCAAGAAAAUCAAGCCCAUGAUGGCUCUGAAAAAUUCCAUACCUCUAAUCGGCUGGCUAUCGAAGUAUGAUUGGAAGAGGGACAUAUUGGGAGAUAUCAUCGCUGGAAUUACUGUCGCGGUGAUGCAUAUUCCCCAAGGAAUGGCGUACGCAAUCCUAGGCAACGUGCCACCGAUAGUCGGCAUCUAUAUGGCUUUCUUCCCAGUGCUCGUCUAUUUCUUCCUCGGCACGUCUAGACAUAAUUCGAUGGGCACGUUCGCGCUGAUCUGCAUGAUGACCGGAAAAGUGGUCACGACUUACAGCUCCCAGGGUCACGUGUUCGGCAACGGUACCGAAGGAAACGAAGUGUUGUCCUCCGUCGCCAAUCAAUAUUCACCCGUGGAAGUCGCGACCGCGGUCACGUUCACCGUCGCCAUGAUUCAGUUAGCGAUGUACGUGUUGCGGUUGGGGAUCAUCGCGACCCUUCUAUCCGACAGCCUCGUUAGCGGGUUCACCACCGCAGCGGCCAUUCACGUGUUCACGUCGCAAGUGAAGGACCUGCUGGGACUGAGGAAUCUGCCCAAACGGAAAGGUCCUUUCAAGGUUAUCUUGACUUACGUGGACGUUCUCGAGAAUAUCCGCGACGCCAAUGUCAUCGCCAUCUCGCUCUCGGCGGUGACUAUCAUCAUUCUGAUCAUCAACAACGUGUUAAAGCCAAGAAUUGCGAAAGUGAGCCCGUUCCCGAUUCCCAUAGAAAUGCUGGCUGUAGUGGUGGGCACGGUUCUCGCGGUGUACGGGAAUCUGGAGACCGCUUACGGAGUUGUGACUGUGGGUCACAUACCAGUCGGCUUGCCAGCUCCAUCGCUGCCGCCAAUAUCCCUGGUGCCCAGCAUUUUAAUCGACAGUUUCGUCAUCACCAUGGUGUCCUACACCAUAUCGAUGUCCAUGGCGUUGAUCUUCGCGCAGAAGCUCAGCUACGAGGUGGACUCCAAUCAGGAACUCGUCGCGCAGGGCGUCGGUAAUUUAGUUGGAUCCUUCUUCUCUUGCAUGCCCUUCACAGCUUCGCUGUCUAGAUCCUUGAUCCAGCAAACUGUCGGAGGGCACACUCAGCUGGCCAGCUUGAUAUCCUGCGGCAUUCUGGUCAGCGUUCUGCUGUGGAUCGGGCCGUUCUUCGAGCCGUUGCCUCGGUGCAUCCUAGCGAGCAUAAUCGUAGUGGCUCUGCAAGGGAUGCUGAUGAAGGUGACGGAGUUCAAGAGAUUCUGGAAACUGGAGAAGACGGACGGUCUGAUUUGGGGAAUAACGUUCACGACGGUGGUCCUGUUGGACGUGGAGUACGGCUUGCUGAUCGGGAUCGUCCUUUGCGUGGGCAAGCUGAUCAUGUUCGCGGUGCACCCGUACACCUGCACGCUCGCUCUAGUACCUGGUACCGAGCUUUAUCUGGAUACCAAGAGAUAUAAAGGCACCGUCGAGCUGCCGGGAAUCAAAAUCUUUCACUACGCCGGUAGCUUGAACUUCGCCUGUCGUCAGCACUUCCGCGAGGAGGUGUACAAAGUUGCCGGGCUGACGCCGCGGAAAGAACCGGACGCCGGCUUCAAGCACGACGAGCUCAAGGAAAUUAAGAAGCUGCGCACCCUGAUCCUCGAUUUCACCAGGGUGAGCCACAUCGAUCUAGCCGCCGCGACCACCCUCGGGAACCUGAUCGACGAGUACUGCGACGCCGACGUGUCCGUCUACUUGGCGGGCUGUUCCGGACCUGUGUACGAGAUGACGAGAAAGUGCAACCUGACGGAAUGCAGGGGCGGCCUGUUCGCCGUGUUCCCCACCGUCGCCGACGCGGUCAAUUUUGCAAGAUCCACCAACGAACUGUGCUCCGUGCCCACGUGGAGCUCCUCCGUGUACGAGGACGCCAACAGCGCGAGACUGUGACCGCGGAAUCUUGAUCGCUGCGGAUCGGAACGUUCAUUCAUGAACGCCAUGGAGAUUCUCAAUCGAACCGCGGUAGAACGGUAGUUGAGUGAAAAGCGUACGCUGAUAUCGAGAUUCUGACUGUAUGGUAUUCUUAACGCAUCGCGCCGCACGCGGGAUUUUUCGAAUAUUUUUCAUUAACACUAGAUUUACGGACGUUUACUUUACACUUUAAUCUAUUGUAGAAAACUACGUGUUCGUCUAUAUAAAUCGCGAAAAUUGUAACUUCAAAGCCAGAGUGUUGUAGUGCGUAUUGGCAUAAUUGCACGAACCAAAAUCGACUUAAACUGUAAAUAAUGUUUAAAAAAUUCAAUAUCCGUCAAAUUGGGUUCCGUGAAUCUAGUGUUAAAGAUAUUCAUUGCUUUCUGACUAAAUGUUAACGAUAUUUUUCGCAGUUAACACAAUUGAUUGUAUUCUAUAAGUUAGAAGACAGAACUAUUCUACUUCGAUGUUUUAUGUGCUGAUGCCUUACACAAGGUUUAAUAUUGAAUUGAAAAUUUUAUUAGUUUGCUGCGUCGAAUCAAGGGUUAAUUGCUAAUUCUACGUUAAUGCAACAUUUCAGAUAUGUAUAACGGAAAUCCGAAGUAAAAUUACAAAGUCGGAUUCCUUAUUCUUUUUCGUCAGUUAGAAAUUUCGGUUUGAUCGACAUUUAUAUUGAUACAUGUUUAAAUUAUGUUUUAGAUUGUAUUGAUGUAUAUUUAAAUUAUAUUUUAGACUAUAUUUAAGCCGGCGUACAAUGCGUUAAGCUGUAUGAUACUCUGUUCAAUUAUCCUUUCGUUUUAGAAUAGUCAAUAUUAGCUGAGAAAAUAUCGAGACUACUUUCGUUGUAUAACUGUGGUUGUAAAAACAAUGUAAGUCGUAUGUUCAUUUCUCAGAUUUUGAGACUCGAUUAACGCUCGAGUUCAUCGUUCUCUUUUUUCAAGAUUUUUGCACAUUGUAGAUGAAGUUUGUAAUUGGCUCGUUUUAAUUUCAGAGAAAAAUUAAUUUCUACGGUGUUUUCUCUCUUUGUAUUGUAGUCCAGAGUUUUAUAGAUCUCGAAUGGUAACCCUUGUUAAAGGAGAUCGAAGAUGAUUUUGACGAUGAAGAGUUGAUAGUUUCCAGGAAUUACAUUGAUGUACAUAUUUCCGUAUUCAUGUAAAUAACGUGGAACUACGUCCAAACGUAUCUUUAAGAGAAACAGUUGAAUGUAUACUCAUUUAUGACAAGAGUGGACGAACAAGUUGGCUGGGAAGGAAAUGUCAUGUUGCAAAAAUGUUUCGCUUGGAAUUCCGCGCGUGUAGAGGCGUGUGCCCACUCUUGUCAUUAUACGUCGCUACGAAAUAAGAAUGUCUAACAUUGUUGCAUGCCACCGUUAGAAAUGCGUUUUCUAUCACGUGAUGGCGCAAGAGACUAUUUUGAAGUUGAUCGGUUUGAAAUGCAGCGAUCGGAACGUUUAACCUGUAGCAGUCCUAUGUCGAGUCAGACUCGACAUUCUAUUUCAUUGCAACCUCUACCUGUUUUAACAAUUUCUUCUAUAUUUAUUCGUAGUAUCACAGUUGUACCAUUCAAAGCUAACAUUUCAAUGACUCCCAAAUAUUCUUGAAUAAAUAAAUAGAGGGACUGCACUUGGGACUGCAAAGGGUUAACGUUGAUGUUAGAGUUAACGUACGUGAAUGUUGAUUGUUCUGUACUUAAAACAUAGGUCAACAGUACUAGAUAAAAAUGGAUACACUCAAAAGAAAGGACAUUUUGACAUUUAGCAGAAUUAUUUCCUCUACGGUCGCUGCAAUGUAGAAUUUAACACGUUGAACGCCGCGAAAUACGCAAAAUGGAAGAAAUAUUAUUAUUUAUAAUAUAGAAAAGUUUGCGAAUAAUCGUUUAAUCCAGUAGGUUAUAGUAACUCGAUUUGCUUGGGGUCACCGGUGACCCCCAUGGCAUUCAACGUGUUAUAAUAAUACGCAUACUUAUAUUUCAGUUAUAUUUAAUUUAUAUAUAGUAUUAUAAUUACGUAUUAUCCGUUAGU